CUUUUUCCCAUUUUCUCGCAAUUUUUCAUAGGAAUCAAAACAUUUUUUUCCCUUCUAAUGUUCCAUUCUUCCUCAAGAGUGUCAAGACCUAUAAACCAAAUACAACGAAUUCUAGUAAAGCAUUUCGUGAUUAUCCACAGACAUUCUAAACAUUACCACACUUUUGGUCCUAAAAAACCAACGACCAAACCCGACCAUGAAACUCCUCAAAAAACCACAAAAAACCGACGCAGAAAAUGGCCACCGAACCCUUUUGUCACAAAUUUGAAAGAAAUACAAGACCCAGAUGAAGCUUUGUCUCUUUUCCAUGAAUAUUACCAAAUGGGGUAUAAACAUGAUUAUCCCUCAUAUUCUUCUCUGAUUUACAAACUUGCAAAGUCUCGAAAUUUCGAAGCUGUUGAAACCCUUCUUGGCUAUUUGCAAAAUCUUAAUAUUCAUUGCCAGGAAACCCUUUUUAAUGCUUUGUUUGAAAGUUAUGGAAAAGCCCAUUUGAUUGAAAAAGCCAUUGAACUUUUCCAUAAAAUGCCUUCUUUUAAUUGUGUCCGCACGGUUCAAUCUUUGAACUCGGUUCUUAAUGCUCUUGUCGAUAACGAUAGGUUUUUUGAUGCAAAAGUGAUCUUUGAUAAGUCACCAAAGAUGGGUUUUCGCCCGAAUUCGACAACAUUCAAUGUAAUGAUCAAAGGGCUGCUUAAAAGGGAGGCGUUUGAUGAAGCUUGCUGUUUGUUUGAUGAAAUGCUUGAGAGAAACGUGGAACCCAGUGUUGUUACUUACAAUAGUUUUAUAGGGUUUUUGUGUAAAAAGGGUGAGAUGGAAAAUGCUGAAGGUUUAGUUGAAGACAUGGUUAAGAAAGGGAAGUAUCCAAAUGCUGUGACUUAUGCUUUGUUAAUGGAAGGUUUGUGUUCUCUAGGUAAAUACAAGGAAGCUAAAAAACUGAUGUUUGAUAUGGAAUAUAAAGGUUGUAAAACAAAAGUUAUUAACUUUGGGGUUUUGAUGACCUAUCUUGGAAAGAGAGGGGAGAUUGAGGAAGCUAAAUCAUUGCUUCGUGAAAUGAAGAAAAGGCGGUUUAAGCCCGAUGUUGUGAUUUACAAUAUAUUGGUGAAUUAUCUUUGCAAGGAAGGUAGAGUUGGAGAGGCCUAUAAAGUUUUGAUUGAAAUGCAGGUUAAAGGUUGUGAACCUAAUGCUGCUACAUAUAGGAUGAUGGUUGAUGGGUUCUGUAUGGUUGGGGAUUUGGAAGGAGCUUUGAAGGUUUUGAAUGUGAUGUUCACAAGUGGACAUUGUCCGCGGUUGGAAACAUUAUGUCAGUUGGUUGCCGGGCUAUUGAAGUGUGGGAAGAUUGAUGGUGCUUGCUUUGUUUUGGAGGAGAUGGAGAAGAGAAAGAUGAGCUUUGAUUUGGAGGAUUGGGGAGCUUUGGUUAGGGAUGCUUGUGGUGGAGAUGAUACUAAUGACCUCCAAACUCAACUUAUCUUGGUCGCUAGUGAUUAGUUAACUAGUAGAUUUUCCGUGCUUCUGUUGUUGCACUCAAAUUUUCCCUGUCAACCCCUGAUAAUCAUUGUUUGAAAUUCUUAGUUUACGGGGAUCUUAAUUCAGGUUCCAAGAAAUGUAUUGUUUGACUUCUAGUACUUGUAAAUGCAUAAUAGUAAGAAAAAAUCUUUCAUCUUUCCUCUUUA